AUGCACCCAAUCCUUCGAAAACUUCUUGCUAUCUUUUGGUUCGUCUCAAAAACGCGAUUGUUUUGAUUAAAAAAUCAUCAUAUUCUUUUUCCAGCAUUAAAUCAAAAAUGCCGAGCAUGGUAAUGUCCCAAUUGCCGAAAUGCAAUCAUUCGGAAGUGUUCGCACGUCGUCGUCCCAAAUCGAAUCGACAAUCUGAAAAUAUCCUCGCAAUCAAUUAUAUGUACGUGGCGAUUCCGAAAAGCAAGUUCAUAUUUUAUGUGAGAGAAAGAUUGGUUUAUCGUUCGAGUGUUGAAGUAACUUAUGACGAGGUUUUCAAUUAUUUGACUGAUGUUUGCAAUGAUUCAUCAAUCUCAUUGCACUACACUUUCAAUAAUCAAUACGUUUCGAUUACUACAACUGGACAACUUCACACUUUCUUCCAACAUCUUCAUAAUGAUCCUGGAAUGUUUCUUUAUAUCGAAAACAAGGAUUAUGUCUGGAAUGUGAAGCCGAAAAACAAGAAAAAGAAGAAGUGUUGUGCUGAAGAACCAAAACAAGAAGAAGAGGAAGAAGUUUCUGAAGAAGAGGAACUUAAACCUAUCAAAAAACCGAAAUGUACGUGCCAACAUCAUUUGGAUGAAUCUACUGAUUCUGAGGAAGAUGAUUCGGAAGAGGAUGAUUCUUCGGAAUGCACUUCUGAAGAGGAAGAUGAAGAGGAAGUGGAGGAAGAUGAUCCGGAUCAAACAGUUGUAUCGAUUCCGAAAUGCUCGAGUUCUCCGGAAGGUUUGCUUGGAGAAGAGAUUGAUAGCGAUGAACAGGUUUCAACUAUAAGCAGUUCGGAAGAAUGGCAAUCUCCAUCCCCAGCAUCCAAGAAAAAUACUCCGGAAAACGAGGCGAAGGUUAAAGAGGAUCUCAAGAAGUUUGUUAAGGAUAUCAUAACAAAAUAUGAUUUCGAAUCUCCCACUGAGAAAACACUUCAACCGUAUUGCGAAGCGAUUUCGCGGAAAUUGAUCAAUGCAUUGUGGCCACCGAAGAUCACUGCGGAUACCGCGGUUUUUGAAAAAAGUAUUACGAUUUUGACGUUUGCGGUUGGAACGAAUUUGUGCAUGUAUUUCAGGGACAUUUAUGUGAGUUUUGGAGUUUAAAGUGGGAGGAGGAAAAACCAAAAUUCUUGAUUUAAAAUGAGAAUUGAUCUUAUUUUUGAUGCUACAAACCUGAAAUUUAUAAAACUAAAAUGAAACUUUAGCUGCAAAAUCCGCAGUUUUGGAAAUUUUGGAUCUGGAAAAAUGUUUGCUAUUUCGCUCAGAAAUUCGGCUGAAGUUUUCGGCAAAAAAUCACAAUUUUUUCAGCUUACAUUCCAUCUAAUAAGAAUAAUAUUCCAAAAUUUUCCAGCGUAAACAUUUCAAUUUUUCAAUUUAAUUUCUUUCAGAAACACGGCGAAGAUCCAAAAGAACUUUUCGAAAGAUUCAUCGAUUCAAUAAUUGCCGAAACUCACGCAACUGUUGAAACUCAACGACAAUUGAAUCAUAUGCUCGGACAAAUUCAUUCUCUCAAAUCAUUGAAACCGUUUUGUGAAUCCAUUAAAUACAGUAAGUUUUUGACUUUUUUCAAUGAAAAACAAUGAUUUUUAACUAAAUUUACAUUUUUUUCAGAUGUCGAAAAGAUGCCGAAAGUUGAGCAAAUCAUUUCAACACUUCAAGAGACUAUUGUCACAUUGGAUAUCACUUUCAGCAAAGUUUUCACAAUUGAACAAAUGGAUGGAUGUCCGUGUGUGGAGUCGAUUAAGAAUUUUAUGGAUGUGAGUUUUGUUGAGUCGAAGUUUUCAUGGGAAAUGAGGAGUACAAAAUUCAAAACUGGUCGCUUAAUCAUCUCGGGAAAAAAUAAAAUUUUCUGUUACAUUUUAUACCAAAAUAUUAAAAAUGAAUUCAAAUGCUCAUCUCUUGUUUUUUUCAGCAUUUGAAUGGUGUACUCAUUGCCAUUACGGAAAUCGUGGAUGUCAAAGAUCGAAACAUAAACAUCGAAAGAAACUUCAUUACAACAAUCGAUAAAAUGACUCAAAUCUUCAUCGAUAAUUCAUGUGACAAACAUUCAGUUUGGGAUGAUGUAAUUGAGGAAAUUGAUCAAUUUUCGCCACCAAAUACACCACAAAAUGCACAUAUUUGCUCGAAUCAUUCACCAGUUAAAAAAUGUGAAAAACAUAAAAAUAUUGAAUGUUUGGAGAAAUUGAAAGAGCGACAAAAGAGUAUUAUGCGAGAAAUUGAGGAAAUGUCGGAAAUGUUGCCAAAAACACCGGAGAAAAUGGCGGCGACGCCAAGAAAAACGGCACAAUCUACGAAUAGUACGCCAAAGAAGGAAUAUAGUGCCACAACGCAGGCGAAAAUUGAUGAAAUGGUGAGCAUUUUUGAGGGAUAGAAUGACUGGAAAAUCAAUCUGAAGCCCUUUUAGCACUAAACAUUCGAAUUUUCAGUCUGGAAAAAUAUUCCUAAAUUUUUUUUAGACUGAAUAUCCCUAUUUUCAAUUAUUCGCCCUAUCAUUUUUUUCGUGCAAAAAUCCAAAUUGUUUUUAUCAAAAAUAUUAUGAUUCACAGUUUUCGUGACUCCUAAAAAUGUUUUUUUUUUCUAAAAAAUGAAUCAGAAAAAAUCCCAUAAAAUUUAUUGUUUUUUCCAAACAACCUCGAAAUUCAUCAGAUUUUUUAACUACGAUUAGUUUUGCAAAAUCUACAGUAGUAUAACCAUUUUUGUAUUAUCCAAUACUUCGAAUUCUACAAUAGCCCCUUAAUGUUUCCUACUUCGGAAUUUCUAACACGGCAGGAAACUGUAAAAUGUCCAAUUAAAAACUUCUUGGGUGGUCCACAAAAAAGUCCUCCUUCUCUCUUUUUUUGUUUCUUUACACUACAAUUUUUGUAUCACAGGAAAAUAGAUACAAAAAAAUCACAUAGCAUUUUUUACAAGAAAAAAACAGAUUAUUCAUCUGGACUUUUUUCUCCGCCCAUUUUUUUUGCUUUUUUUCGCCUAGCCUUUUUAUCAUUUUAUAUUAUUUUAGCUGUAUAGGUUUUGAGGAUUCUAUUGAAGCUAACGCAUAUUUUCCGCAUUCUCUGGAAUUCUUUCUGACCUGAAAAGAUAAAAAAUGUCUUUCGAGGUUCCGGUGAGCAUUUUUGGGUUGAAAAUUCUAUUUUUUAAAGUCUAAUGGUUAGAUGAAAGUGCGCAUUUCCAGUUUCAAAAUUAGAUCUCACAUCAUUUGAAAAUUUUAAGUUGUUCCUAUUUGAGCUGCGAAUUUUGGCUAUAAUCAAUAAUCUCAUCUCAAAUUUAGCCUCGUACUCAAUAUUUAGUAAAAGUAAUAGUUGAAAAUUUCUUAAUAAAUUCCCAAAAGACACUGUUUGUCAUGAAAAAUGUGACUGAAAAAUCCGAUUCAAAACCCAUAAUUAUAAUUAUAUACUCCCAGAAAAAGUAUAUUUUUUCUUUCCAAAAAUAACCAGGUGACCAAUUUUUAUUUUGCAAAAAUGUUCUAAUUGCCACGUCAUUAGAAAAAAGGGAAAACUGAUUGCGAAAAUGGGAAUGGCUUGAAUCCGUUUUGAGCUGGAAAUUUGCCCGAGAAAAAACCCGCGAAAAUUACGUUUCUGCUUUUUUUGAGAAUAGAAAUCUGUUUUUCGGAAUCAAUAAGUACAUUCGAAUAUUCUUCAUUUAAUAACUAAAACAGAAUUUUUCAAACCCAAUUAUUGAAAAUUAGGAGAAAAAAUACCUGGAGAAAUAUGGAACAUUUUAUAAAAUAUUCUGAAAUCCUGAAUAGUUGAAAAUUAAUAAAAGUCCGAAACACCGCUCAAAUUUGAAAAAAAAGUAUUUUUGCAAAACUCUUUCAAUAUUCUCAAAUAUCUCCAAAUUUUGCAGAUGAAAUCAACCAGCAACCACAACUAUGUCUAUCCACCACCACCAAAACCCGGAGCAAUUAUGAUACCAGCAGGUGGUUUGGCACAUUGUCAAUGCAAAAAAGAUUGUCCAUUUUUGCUCAACGAACCUGCCUACAUUUACAUGGACCGUUUCAAUGAGCCAAAACAAACGCUUCUCGAAAAAACCAAACAAAAACGUUUCAAAAAGAAUUAG